AAGAAAGAAAGAAAGAAAGAAAGAAAGAAACUCUAGCCUUCUGUAUGGUGAUGUAGCCUUUUCCUGAAGGGCCAAGGGUGGCUCUGGUCAGCUUUCACAGUGAAUGGGAAAGGCCCAGGAGUGGUCAGACAGUACAGCUCAUGUUGGCAGGCAGGGCUGUCAGGGCAAUUGCUAUGGGAGGACUUCAGCUCUGGGGACGGGAGUGGGGGAUGGAGAGAGGCCGGCGGGGCAGAACAUAAAGAGUGCUCUAUAGUGGGCACAUCUGGAAUGCAUGCUUGCAUGGCACAUGAAACCUGGAAAUGGAGAACUCUUUUGGCUGGACUGCAGCAGGGUGAGGCUAGAGCCUAGACGGCAAAAGCGGGCAGGGGCUGGAAGAGAGCCUUUGGAAACUGGUGUGAUCGGGCUGGCCACCUCUGCACAUGGUGGGCUUUGUACUCAGGUGUGAUGCCCUCGACGUGAGUCCCUGUGAGCUAAGGCAAGGAGAGCCACUAGCUAGCUGGAUGCCAUGUCAGGCGCGUCCUCCCAGGGGCGCUCUACAGUGGUACUUAGCAGACCCAAACCUCCUCAGUAGACAUGUGUGAGCACAGCUGUAGUGCUGAUGGCUCACUGAGCCACCAGAGACAGACAUCUGCUCCAUCUGAAAGAGUGAUGAGACAGGAAGCCAAGGCGAAGCCUUCGGCCCUUCUGGGAAGCUGCUCUGGUCAAGUGCUCCACUGCUCUCCUAUUCCCUCCUCUGGAGCUCAUCUGUUUGGCUCUGGCUGACCAGAAACCUUGCUCCUGCCCAUACCCAGCUCAGGCAGGGUGCCAUCAAGCAGCUGGCCAAAAGAGCCAGGAAGACCUGUAGCUGGGGGAAGGGCCAGCAGGGAGGGGCCACGGAGGGCAGACUGCAGAGAGAAUCCAUCAGGAUUUCCUGCCAAAAGCCUUUGCCACCGCGGCCCAGGCCAGACUACUUUGCCACCCACUGUUGCCACCAUUGCUAGGGUACCUGAUAUUGCAGCGUGAGAACAGAAAAAGAUCAUCUGACACCCCUACACACACACACACACCCACAUACCCCACCCUCCACCUGCGUGCAAGUACGCACGCGCGCGUACACAUACACACACACACACAUACCCCACCCGCCGCCCUCGAGCGCGCGUACACACACACACACCAUAGUAUGAAGGCUGUGCAGAUCCUCACAUAACUACAGUAAGUGAAUGAAGACUGCAGAAAGAAUCAAGUCUACGGAAAGCCAGAAAAUGGUGAGCACCGCUCCUGGUGACUUCAGUUCCGCCCUUCCCACCAGACGGCCCAGCACAGGAUGGCCCAACCUCUUGCUUGUCAUCUCAGGACUGAGAGCUCUCCUGAAGAUGGACCGUCACAACAUGUCCUGGGUCUGCUACCCGAGCCAUGUGUCCCCGGCUGUGGAGGAAGUCAUUGCAGCACAGAGCAUCAUUUCUAGGUGCACGCAGGUGUACAUAGCAGUGUGCGUCCCACUGAGCCUAGUGAUGGGGCUCUUCAGUCUGAGCGUGUUCAUCUUAGACCGUACUAGGCUGGGGGUGCUGGACAGGCUCCUUGCAGGCCUCACAGCCACUAGUAUCCUGGUGACUCUACUGUCCCUCAAUGCUGCUGUCCGACCCGACUACAUGUCCACGACAAACCUGGGCUGUGGCGCACUCUCAUUCUUCUCCAAUGUCUGCUACUUCAUGGCCCAGUACCUGCAGGGAGCCACGCUUCUCCUGUCCUUUCUGCCGGAAUCACCCUGCUGCCGGCUCUUGGCAAGGCCUAUGGCAAGCCUAGCUGCCAUUGGGGGCUGUGCGGUCUGUAGCUCCCUGAUUGUGGUGUCCCUGCUGGGCACAUCUGGGGAGUUGCACACAACCACCAUGUGCCAGGCGGAUCCGCUGACUGCAUGGCCCGAAUAUGAGAUCGUCAAGUUCAGCCUGGGCUUUGCUCUUGCCCUGAGCUUCCAGAUGGUUCUAUUGCUCCUGUAUGCUACACAGCCAGUCUGGCGAGCAGCUCCUUCUCAAAGGGACACAGCCUCGGGGCGCUGGGUGGUACUGGCUGUGGCUCUCAACAUGCUUGCCUGUAGACUCUUCUUCAAUGUGGUCCUCCUGCAUCGGGCCCGCCUGAAGCUGUGGAAGGAUGUGGGCUCCCCCUGGGAUGAACUGCUCAUGAACCUCGCAGAGCUGGUCCUGUCUGGAGAGAGCUGCAUCAACGUGGUGGCCAUCCUCCUCCUCCACACACCAUGCAGGCUCAGGCUGCUUGGCCUCCUUGAGCGCCUCACACAGAGAUGCAGGCCAGGGCUGGACAACAGCAUGUCCUUGAACAGAGUAGGGGGCUAGAUAGAGUCUGCCUGCUGGCACAGGCCACACCCCUUGCUGUGUUCAGGGAAGACUGCCUUCCCAGGGAGCCUGAGCAGGGUUCAUAUGUUUUGGAUGGUUGGCUUGCCUGUAUUCACCUCAACUUAUGCAAAACAAGACCAUUUCUCUUCCCACACUAUCAGUCACACCUUGAGAGACACAGUGACAUGGAUACAAAGGCUGGCCAAAGACCAUGGGUCUGCUGGAGGGUGUCUGGACUAUGACGGCCAUGUGUGGGACACAUGUGACAGACCACCUUGCCUGUUGGUAGCCACCUUCCACUCAAUAGUCCAAUCUUACCACACAAGAAAGGCAUUGUAGAAAUAAACUCAGCUCUCACCUCA